AUGGCGAAUCUGCAGCACCAAACGUUCUUCUGGGGCGAUUUGUGUCCUGUCACUAAUACUAAUACUUGCCUACAUGACCUCUUAGCAAUAUGGAUUGACCAGGCGGAAGCGAUGAGGAUAACAACACCUAUCACAGACUGGCACACGCCGAACUUGGGUAGUGGGCGGAAGCAAAGGUGCAAGCCGUUGAAAGUGUUAACGUUGAAGUUACCAAUACAGGACGAUGCAUACUAUGUUCUCCCCGCCCUGCCUAGUUUUCCGUCGCUUGGACUCAAGGCUUUACGCGACCUGCUUUGGCGCCACCAGUCGAAGACAGCACCAAUAGCAUCCGACAAGAAACACGCAUGUGAGAAAGACGGUCCUCGCCCCGAGCGUGUAGACAGCAACAUAGCAGGCAUAUGGCUCCAGUAUUGGAAUGGUCAUCGUAAUCGAGAAGAGAUUGACAAUGACAUUCACCAGACGCUAUUGAUGAUAUUAGAACUGUCAAGCGGUAGUGUCAGCUUCUCAGUCAACGGUGGAGGCUCGGGCAAGUUUGACAUGAUACUUGUUCGAUUGUACUGGAAAUACACGCCGCCAUGCGAUAAUGAUGUGAAUACUAUUCUAGUCAUCAUUAAUGCGAAUCCCACGAUGAGUCACACGUUCGGUGGCUGCAGUGACAGGCAGUGCCUCGUCUCGUCUGACAAAGUCUGUACCUUCACCUUCCUGCUCUUCACGCCUAAGAUGCAAGUCGUAAAUCCAAUUGCUACCACCAUAUUUCACCUCCUCCGCACCGCGGCAACGCUUUGCAUGGGGAUUAUUUUCCUGCACCUCGCUCGUAGCGAGCCCAAGAUCAAGUACUAUGCAUUCUAUGCUGGAGCACACGCCAUCGUGAUGGGCGCUCUUGGGCUGCUCGCCUCAAGAAGCAUUUAUCGCAAUGCUCUUGCGAAGAAGAAUGAGGCAACGAAACCCCAGUCGAAUGCGGAAACUGCGCACGAAAUCACUGGGACGGAGGGCGUUUGGGAAGAUGAGAAGCCUCGAGGAAUUUCGGAGAAUGCAGACUUGUUGGUCUGA